AUGAGAUCCGCGGUACUGGUUUUUCUGGGCAUCUGCUUGGCUUGGCAAAUGUUGGAGGCUCAGUUAGUUUACAAGCUCACCAAAGUAGAGUGCCAAGUUAAUCAGACGCGUGUUAGCAAUUUCUCAUGCCACGUGAAGGCGAUCAAUUGGAAUAUGGCGUUGUUAAACAUGGAUGCCUUCGUGAUUAUCCCUUUACUGAAUCCAGUUAUUCGAACGCAGGUUUUUAAGAAGGAUUACAGUAACCAGUAUAAGCCCUUCCUAGUUGACGUUUCCAUCAAAAUAUGCGAGGUGAUUGAAAAAAGGAACUUCAUACCUUAUGGCGUCAUUUUAUUCAAGAUUAUGAAGCGUUUCACUAAUGUAAACCACUCCUGUCCCUUUUCGGGACCGCUAACAGCCCGCAAUGGAUAUCUAGACACCAGUCUUCUUCCGCCUUUUCCCCAAGGAUUCUACCAAGUCAGUUUGAUAGUUGUGGACUUCCAUUCUACAAAUAGGGACUAUGUAGGCACUGUGAAGUUCUACCUACAAGUCAUGGAUCACAUUAAAAGCAAAAAAAUUCCGAGUGCAUAG